UUCACAUACCCUUUUCUUCUUACAAUAUCUUAAAACUAUUUUUAUUCUUUUUCACUUGCUUAAGACUUUUAAGAAUUUUUCAAUAUACAUGAAACAAUAUUCUACCACAUGCAACAAAAUCCAUUGCCAAAGAAGCAUAACUUUUUUUGGCCAUUGCAGCCCUUUGCAGGCAGUCUAGCUGCUUCAAGGCGCUUGUUCUAAAAUUAAUUGUCAUGCAUGUUUAAUUAUUAAUUGAUAUACCAUAUAAAAUCGAGCCUGUUCGGGGAUCAGUUUAAUUUGUGCUUAUUUCUUAAAUUUGUUCAACUCCAUUUGGAAGUCGUCAGAGUGAGUUCUUAGUGACGCUUAAAACCCUAGAGCAUAAACCCCAGGGGGUGGAGAUAGUAGAGAUUCUGCAAUGCAGGAAUAGCACAUAUAUUAUAAGUGUGAGGUCAAUGGCAGCUCGCUAUGGCACAUUUUCAAGGUCAGCAAGAAACGCAUUCACAUCCACAUUUAGAUCUUCAACAAACGGCGCGCAUCGAUAUCGGUCUCAAUCUCAAUCUCAAUCGACACAUCGAAGGAAUUUUUUAAGAAAUGAGGGAGCAAUCUUUCGGCGGCGUUUAGCAGAAACAUCGAUUCCACUGCACAGUGCAAUUGCAGCUGCAAAGCUCGUGUCCCAUCUCAGUUUCAGUUCCCGCAGUGCUAAAAGCGCCCUCCCUCUCGGUUUGGGUUUGUUUUCAUCAAAUGGUUUAGGAGGUGGGAAGAUGAUCAUGUUUUCUUUGAGAAAUUUAUGGAAUACUAUCUCUAAUGGCGCACCUAAAGUUUUUAUCGAGAAAUUCUUCCUUUCAACAAUUAUGGACUGCGGAAGCUUGAAGUCUUAAGAAAGAAAAGUCUUCGAGGGUAUAUUGACAUACUACCAGUAAGACUUGGUCAUGCCUUGAGUGGACCAUUGCUUGCUCUUCUGCCUCCAUGUGUGCGAUGGGAUAUAUUGCUAUUGCUUAUGGGAGUGGAGGUUGUUGUAACAGUGUGAGAACUGUUCAUGUUUUAGAAUUGCUGCUCAUUGAUAGAAACAAAUUUAACACAUUAACAAACAUUAGUUGCAUACGUUUUCCAUUUGUGCUUUUUAUGCAAGCCUGUGUUCAUCAUAGCUUGAAACUCCAGGCAAACAAUAAUAACUGGAAGUCUUGAACAAAAUUUUGUGAUAAGGAUGGCGAUUCAGUUUGUGCCAAGUAUCAGAAGGCUUGAACAAAAUUUUGCCAUUCAUUUCUUGUUCUUGCCUAUCAUUAAGAUGUUAUUCUUUCAA